AAAUAACCCAAUAAACACAGGAGUAAUAUUAAAUGAGUUAUCGCAAACGUUCCUGCGCGGCAGUCGCGCUUUCAUCAUUCGAUGUAACGUUGCGAUGUACACGGGCUAAUGCAGACGGACAGCUGCAGUAACACUAUAUAUCGUAGAUGAACGGGGUUUAAACGAUGAAAAGCAUUGUCAUAAGGGUGAUUCAUCGGCCUAACAAUCCCCGGCUUUGAGUACGAGUUUUCACGGAUUGCAGUGCGAUCCAAGGCGAAGCCUGGUAUGUCUGGCCCAAACUGGCUGCCUCCAAGAACCCUGGGUAGCCCAUAUAGAGCCACAACACCAAUGUCACACUCUGGCCACUCUGGCCCCGCUCUCUACAGACCUCCCAAGAAAGGUCUACCUGACCAGAGGCCCAAAUAUAACAUGUAUGACCAAAAUGGUGGAACAGGAGGAAAUGGUAUGCCUGUAAGAUACAUGGCUACUGGACCUUCAGGUGGAACCAUGCAACACCAGCAUCAAGAUGAUCACUCAGGGUCUACUACCUACCACCCCUUGUCUCCACAAUUAGGAGAACGAUACUAUGCUCCAGGCCAGGGGCCUAAAGAAGACCACCACACAUGGAACCCCCGUAUGGCCAGCCAUGAACUUCAUAAUCGGGGAUCAGAGAAGCACAUCUCUACUAUUGACGCAGAGAUAGACUCUCUUACAUGCAUGCUGGCUGACCUGGACAGUCACCCUCAGAACUCAAGCACACAGAUGUAUGACAAUGUGCCUUACAGCAAGCACCUCCCUAUUGACCGCUAUAACCCUCCCAACCAGAUGGGGGCUCCACCACCAAGCAGGCCAUCAAUGGGCUACCCCCCUCCACUCCAAAACCAGUACCACCCCGUCCCACCCUACACCUCUACGCCUCAGCCAGACUAUGUUUACUCCUCCGUCGCCUCUUCCGUCCACAAACCUUACCCACAACCAGUGCCUGCCUCCUAUACCACCGCCUCCACCCCAACUGGUCCACACUUCACCGUACAGGUGAAAACGGCUCAGCCCGUCACCUAUUCUCAGAGCGGACGGCAGGCAGAGCAAGCUUACACCCCUCCACCACCCUGCCACCAUGCCUCUCGCCCCCCUCAGCAAGAACGGCCACAUUAUGAGCCACAGGGACAAGGCUGGUACCCAGCGCCGCCACCUCCUGCACAAGAACCUCUUGGAGAUCCAGCUGCCUAUAAGGGGGGAUCAGGAAAUAUGUCAGGAGGGAGAGCCGGCCAGGGACCACCGGUGAAGAAGAGUCAAGACCAAGUGUCAGCAUAUCAGUCUAACAAGCAGGGGGCAGCACCACAUCAUGAGGAAGAGUUGGAACGACUCACCAAGAAGUUGGUGUAUGACAUGAAUCAUCCCCCUACUGAGGAAUAUUUUGGUCGAUGUGCUCGGUGUGGGGAUAAUGUUCUGGGAGAUGGCAGUGGCUGUAUUGCCAUGGAGCAGGUGUUUCACGUGGAGUGUUUCACCUGUAUCACCUGUCAUGCCCGUCUGAGAGGCCAGCCCUUCUAUGCACUAGACAGGAAGAGCUACUGCGAGAGCUGCUACAUAAGCACACUUGAGCGCUGUUCGAAAUGCUCGGAGCCGAUCCUAGACCGGAUCCUGAGGGCGAUGGGAAAGGCUUACCACCCUCGCUGUUUCACGUGUGUGGUUUGCGGCUGUUGCCUGGAUGGAGUGCCUUUUACUGUAGAUGCCACAUCUCAGAUCCACUGUAUUGAGGACUUUCACAGGAAGUUUGCUCCCCGCUGCUCAGUAUGUGGCCAGCCCAUAAUGCCAGAGCCUGGGCAGGAGGAGACAGUCAGGAUCGUUGCACUGGAUCGCAGUUUCCAUGUUAACUGCUACGUAUGUGAGGACUGUGGUCUUCUCCUCUCUUCAGAGGGCGAGGGAAGAGGCUGCUAUCCCCUAGACGGACACAUUCUGUGCAAGAGCUGCAGCGCCCGUCGCAUCCAAGAUCUUUCUGCCAAAAUCUCCACUGACUGCUAAUGCCCCUGUCCCGUCACUCUGUGCCCUUUCUCUCCUUCAUGGUUAUUCUUCAGAAUGUACCACUAUCUAAACAUCCACCACCUGGCAUUUCUUCCAUCCUUGACUUUACGUGUUGAUCGCACAAAUAAUAUGAAGACGUCCCUCUCAGGGUAGCAUAGAGCUGAGGAGAAAAAAUAGCUCUUGUGCUUAGAGUAGUUUCACUGGAAAACUGUUUCCUCGAGAAUAUAGAAAAACAGGUGGUGAAUGAAAUAUGAUGAUGUUUGUGUAUAAUCCUCAGCGUAUGUGUGUUCAUACAAAAUGUGAGUCUUGUGAACAGGGUGCAUUUCUUCCUUUGGAGAAGCAGUCACUUUUAGAACACUAAAAUAACCUUCAAUGGAAAUAUAGUAAAAAUGACAGUUUCCUCAAAUAAUGCCCCAAUUCUGCUGGCAGUUGGGGUCACUUCAUAUUGUCCCCAUUCAGAUCAUCUCUGUUCUUUUAUCCUCUCAAAAACAAAAACUCAUUAUUUUAAUACUUGAAAUCAUGAUUGUUGAAGGAUAUUAUUACUGUGCUUCGUUUACUGGCUUGAUAUUGGUUCAUUGUCAUUGCAUUCAUCAUGAUGCUAAUGAGAAUUCUGGGAAAAAGGUGGGAAAAGUUUAACACGGGCAGCUGUUUUGUUCUGAUUUCCCUGCAGUCUCUAGCUCUAGGUUUAUGCUGAUUUCUGAAACUGUUACAAGAGACGUGUUGUCAGAUAGGAAUGAAGGGUCAGUGUAUUUAAUGACCGCUUCAGUGAAGGAAAUCUUUUGACAGGUGUGUGUUGGAUCAAAGUGGUUGAUUUCAUUUUAAAGCUGUGUAGCUGCUGUCAGGUAAUUGAGUUUUCUGCUACAUGGCAGCAGGGUGGAUCAUUUUCAAGGAGUUUGAAUAGUGAGAGAAAUAGAGAGCGAUUAUGGAAAGGAAUCUACUAGGUUAGAUGAAGGACAAAUGUGGCUUCUUAUUAGAAACAGAACGUUUCUCAUAACAUCAAGGAACUUAGUCGCAAUUUUGUUACUAAAUAUACAUUGAUUAAUGCCUAACAGAAGGUAAAUGGUCAAGUAUGAAGGUUACAAGGAAAAGUACGUACUGGAGAAAUGACUUUCAGAUUGUUACACAGAGAUUGUUACUGAUUUUGCUUUAUUUUUUUACGUCUCCUUUUCUGGAUUUGCUUUAUAUUAUAUCAAAAUGCAUUUUUAAUUGUCUUGUUAUUUGAAUAAUGUGUAGCAGCGAGCAUCCAUUGCUUAAUGCUAUUAUAUAAAAAAGGUUUCAAAUAAGGUGUUGAUUGUUUGAAGCAAAAUAAUUAAGUGCUGGUGUUUGUGCUGAUGAAUGAUUGCAAUUAUCAAGAAACUAAAAGCAUAAAGUGGUUCAGAUGGUUGCAUGCUUUAUUUAUUGAUUUGUCUGGAAUAGUUUGUAAGAUUAUUCCAACAUAGUGCCAUCUGGUCAAUUUGCUGCCAAAAAACUUUUUCUAAACCUGUCAUUGCAGAUGAUUGCUAAUUGAUAAAGUGUCCUCGUACUGCACAGUCUGUUUUAAUGGCUGAUUUACUUUGUAAGCUGCCAAUUUAUUUCAGGGCAUGUUUGGAUGAGUUUGCUUUUUUUCUCUGUUGUUGAUUGUAGGGAGAGAAAAGGAUCAGUUUUAUAAAUUCAUCUGUUUUUACUGCAAA